AAAAAAAAUAUUUAGGUGCUAAGUAUUAAAUAGAUAAAUAGAUAUACAGAUUGCUCGAUCUUGAUAAACUUGUAAACAUCUCUGAGUUUAUCAUUUCUCUAUCACUGAUAAAGGUGAAUUCUGGUUCUCCCUCUCCGUCUCUAUAUCCGGGACAUAUCUUCUUCUUUUUUCACUAUUUUGGGCCUGUGACAGAGUAGAGCCGCAAUAGCUGUUCUUUGGAAUUUUUGAAGUUUGAAUUUAGCAAAAUUGCUAAUAAAAGGGAAAGCUGGGUAUGAUUGCUGAAGGGAUCAUUACAGAGUUGAAUAAGGAUACAGCUAAUUACUCAAAAAUUGUGGAUGAUGUAGUGAGGAUAGAGAAGAAGAUUUUUCCAAAACACGAGUCGUUAUCGAAAUCAUUCUGUGAAGAACUCCGAAAAAAGAAUGCUGGAUUAGUCUAUGCUUAUGUUAAUGGGGAAGUUGCUGGGUAUGCCAUGUACUCGUGGCCGUCUUCAUUGUUUGCCCUCAUUACAAAACUUGCAGUAAAAGAGAAAUAUAGAAGGCAAGGUUAUGGAGAAGCAUUGCUGAGAGCUGCAAUUCUAAAAUGUCAAAGUAGGAAUAUACAGAGGAUAUCUCUACAUGUCGACCCCUCAAGAAUUCCUGCUGUAGAUCUCUACAAGAAACUUGGUUUCCGAAUAGAUUGUUUGGUUGCGAAGUACUAUUCAGCUGACCGAGAUGCUUAUAGGAUGUACUUGGAGUUUGGCACCAGUGAGUAAUCCGCAGCCUCUAUGUCCUGCUUGGCAUGACUUUUUUGUUACGUCAUUCUCUCUAUGUUCUGUAUUGUACCUUGUUGCCCUAUUCAGAUAGGCAAUGAUUAUAUAUUUAUAUGAGCUUCCAAUCUAUAUAUGUGGAGAUAUUGUUGGUUGAUUGGUUUAGGAGACUUGCAAGUGGAGGUCAGUUUUACAAAAUAUAAUGGGAUGUUCUGUUAUAAAGUACCUUAUAGAUUACAAAAAAAUACCUUGUCAAAAGUGUAAAAACUAAUAUGAACCCGGUGCACACUAAUUAGUGUGCACCCGAUCCAUAUCAUGUGAGUUUAUGAUAGUGUAUAUUGAUAUGA